AUGAGCUUCAGUGGCAAAGACGACUCGAUCUACGACAAGCCAAGCAUGCUCAUGCGCUCACCUCCUCUAGACAUGAAAACCACCAGGUAUUACAAGGGCAUCUUUCAUACGUUGUCCACAAUUUGUAAGGAAGAGAGUGGCAGAGGAUUGUAUAAAUGCCUUGGGGCCACAUUAUUUUUACACGGAGUUGGACCGGGUAUAGCAAUCAACUUUUAUGUAUAUGAAUCCUUGAGGUCUCAUUGGCAAAUGGAAAGGCCGAAUGAUUCCAUUGUUGUUGUGAGCUUGUUUUCUGGGAGUCUAUCUGGUAUUGCGGCGUCGACAGCUACAUUUCCCCUUGAUCUUGUAAAGCGACGUAUGCAACUACACGGGGCGGCUGGGACAUCGCAAAUCGAAAAAUCAAGCAUAACUGGAACCAUCCGCCAAAUCCUUCAAAAGGAAGGUCCUCGUGGCUUCUAUCGAGGCAUAGUCCCUGAGUACCCGAAGGUUGUUCCUAGCGUUGGGAUCGCGUUCAUGACCUACGAGGUACUGAAGAGCAUGCUCUCCAGCAUUGAUGGGGAUGAUGAGAAUUAA